AAUCUCAACCGCACCCUCCUUCAACACACUACUGCACAAAUUAAAGAGGUAGAAAACGAAAGAAACACACAAGAAUAAAUGCACCAAGGUCAAUCUUAACCGUCCAUCCCCCCUUCUCAGUUCUCUUCGCCCUUUGCAAGAAUGGUUUCGUGUGCAUAGACUUGAUCCAAAAAGUAUACUCAAAUUUUACAGGAAAUUUGUAGAGAAACAGAGGUGGGCGGAGGAAACGGGAAACCCAAUUCUGAAUUAGAUGAUUUUAGUGUGUGUUUUGAGCACGUAGGAUAAGAAGAGGGAGAGUGAUUGUUUCAAGAAUGAUCAACACAGCGGGGAGUAAUAGUUUGAUGGCGUCGUCGUCUACAUCUGGGAACAACGCGCAAUCGCCUGGUUUGAAGACGUAUUUCAAGACCCCAGAGGGGAGGUACAAGCUUCAGUACGAGAAGACUUACCCUACUGGUCUUCUUCACUAUAGCCAUGGCAAGACUGUUACUCAGGUAACACUAGCUCAUCUUAAAGGUAAGCCGAUGCAAGCACAACCACAGUCGUCAUCAGGUUUUGGUGUCAGCAGCGGUGUUAGGUCCGCAGCUGCAAGGUUAUUGGGUGGUGGAAAUGGGAGUAAGUCACUUAAUUUAGUUGGAGGGAAUGGUGGAAGUAAGUCGGUGAGCAGUGCAACUAGUAGAAUUGGAUCAUUAGGGGUUUCAAAUUCAAAUAACUUGGUGGGUAAUUCAAAUUUUGAUGGCAAGGGAACUUACUUGGUAUUCAAUGUUGGUGAUGCAAUAUUUAUCAGUGACUUGAAUUCUCGAGAUAAGGAUCCUGUAAAGUCUAUUCAUUUUGGUAAUUACUACCCUGUCUGCCAUGCAUUUGACCCAGACGCAAAGGAUGGCCAUGAUCUGCUUAUUGGGUUAAAUACUGGAGAUGUCUAUUCAGUGAAUUUGCGGCAACAAUUGCAAGAUGUUGGAAAAAAGCUUGUUGGAGCACUGCAUUAUAACAAAGAUGGUUCUGUUAACAACACUCGCUGUACUAGUAUUGCAUGGGUGCCUAAUAGCGAUGGAGCUUUUGUUGUUGCUCAUGUAGAUGGAAACUUUUAUGUCUAUGACAAGAACAAAGAUGGUUCUGGUGAUCCUUCAUUUCCAAUUAUCAAGGAUCAGGCUCAAUUUUCAGUGGCACAUGCACGGUACAGUAAGUUUAUGCAGAAUCCUGUUGCUAGAUGGCAUAUUUGUCAAGGCUCAAUAAAUUGCAUAGCUUUCUCAACAGAUGGGGCCUUUAUUGCUACUGUAGGGAGGGAUGGUUACCUUCGAAUAUUUGACUACAAAAAUGAGCACCUUAUAUGUGGUGGGAAAAGCUACUAUGGCGCUUUGUUAUGCUGUGCUUGGAGUAUGGAUGGAAAAUAUGUUUUGACCGGUGGGGAGGAUGACCUAGUACAAGUUUGGAGUAUGGAUGAACGGAAAGUUGUUGCAUGGGGUGAGGGACACAACUCUUGGGUGAGUGGAGUGGCAUUCGAUUCUUAUUGGUCAGCACCGAAUUCAGAUGGCAGUGGUGAAAAUGUUGUCUACCGGUUCGGUUCUGUUGGCCAGGACACACAAUUGCUUUUAUGGGAUUUGGAAAUGGAUGAGCUCGUGGUGCCAGUUCGCCGUCCUUCUGGUGGAUCUCCAACCUUUAGUACUGGAAGCCAGUCGGCUCAUUGGGAUAGUGCUUGCCCCGUGGGAACAUUGCAACCUGCUCCGAGCAUGCGAGAUGUUCCGAAGCUUUCUCCAUUGGUCACUCACCGUGUUCACACCGAGCCUCUCUCCGGUUUGAUAUUCACCCAUGAAUCUGUUCUUACUGUCUGCCGGGAAGGGCACAUAAAAAUUUGGAUGCGACCGGGCUUCGGCGAGAGCCAAACUAGCAACUCCGAUUCAUUGUUGGGUUCAAGCCUGAAGGAAAAACAAUCAAUUUCUGGGAAAGUGGUCGGUUCAAGUUACAAGUAGUUGCCCGGCAUCACGAGACCACUCACUGCAACACGGGGCCCUGUUCCUCCACAUUCGAACCUGGACCGAAAACACAUAUGACAUAGCUCGUGCAUUGAGAUUAGCCAAGUGCAUUGUAUAUCAUGUCGUGGGCACCACAAAGAUUGGAUGAAGAGUGCCUCUACCCUACCACCUUGUAAGUAUGAAAGGUUUUCAAAGGAAUAUUUUAUUGACCUGCUAGAAUAAUUUAACAUUGUUUGUUGUGAGAUU